AUGGAGUUUGUGACAGCCCUGGCAGACCUCCAAACAGGGGCUAGCUGUCCCAUCUGUCUGGACUACUUGAAAGAGCCAGUGACCAUCAACUGUGGGCAUAACUUCUGUCUCUCCUGCAUCAGUAUGUUCUGGAAGGAUCUAAAUGAUACUUUCCCCUGCCCCUUUUGCCAUUACUGCUCUUCAGAAAGGAAAUUUGUGAACAAUCCCCAGCUGGGCAAUCUGAUUGAAAUUGCUAAGCUACUACAGAUAAGAAGAAGCAAGAGGAAGAGGAAGGAAGAGAAGCUUAUGUGUGAAAAACAUAAUCAGAUUUUGACCUUUUUCUGUCAGAAGGACCUAGAAGUUUUAUGCCCACAGUGUAGUUUCUCCACUGAUCACCGGGAUCACUAUAUUUGGCCCAUAGAGAAGGCUGCUGCCUAUCAUAGGAAAAGAUUGCAUAAUUGCAUUGAACCAUGGAAGGAGAGAGUAGAACAAGUUGAAAAGGUGAUAACUAUGCAAAGCAGAAAAUCAUUGGAACUGAAAAAGAAGAUACAAUGUAGGAGAGAAGAAAUAAAGUCUGAAUUUGAGCAAAUUUUGUUGUUUCUCAAAAAUGAGCAAGAGAUUGUUCUACGGCAAUUACGAGAUGAAGAAAUGGAUAUUUUAACAAAGCUAAAUGAAAAUCUAACCACAUUUUCAAAUCAUCUUUCCACAUUAAAACAUCUAUCAAAGGAGAUAGAGGGCAAAUAUAUGAAGUCAGAGCUGGAAUUACUGACAGAUGUUGAAAGUAUCUACCAUAGAUAUAAAACCUUAAAGUCCCCUGAACCUUUUUCAUUCCAGUUAAAGGAAUAUGGUUACCAUCUUGCUCCACAAUAUUCUGGCCUAAAUAAAAUUAUCAACAGAUUUCAAGUGCAUAUAAUUCUAGAUCCUGAAACAGCACAUCGUAAGCUUAUUGUCUCAGAAGAUAGAAAAACUGUGCAAUAUGGGAAUAAAAGGCAUAACUUACCUCAUAACCCAAGGAGGUUUUAUCUCUGCCCAGCUGUUCUGGGUUCUAGGGGUUAUAAUUCUGGCAGGCAAUAUUGGGAGGUGGAAGUAAAAGACAAGCCUGAAUGGAUCAUGGGUGUCUGUAAAGACUCUCUUCCCAGAAGGAGAAAGAAUCAGAAUCAACCAGUUUUAGCACAGGAUGGAUUAUGGGGUGUUGGACGAUGUAGUCAGAGUAAUUAUAUUGCAUUGGGUCCUAAAAAAACUAAUCUUCUGCCAAAAGUAAUACCUAGAAAGAUUGGCAUUUUUUUAGACUGUGAAUUGUGUGAGGUUUCCUUUUACAAUUUGAGUGAUAGAUCCCUUCUCUAUAUUUUUAACUAUUACUUUACAGAAACACUUUGGCCUUAUUUCUAUACUGGAACUGACUCAAAACCUCUUAAAAUCUGUACAGUAACAGAUUCUGAACUAUGA